ACAACAGUGACAGUGACACUCCUUCUCAGUUGUGAGUUGAGUUAGUCCCGUAGGCCGUAUGCCCUACGCCGUACUUUCUACGUACUUUGAGUCUGAAACGUUACAGUACUCAACUCAGUAGUACUGUACAAUGGUCAACUGUUAUAAUGAACAGCUGGGAGUGGAAACUGAAACUUAUCAGUCAUGCCUGCCAGGCUUACUUCUUCUUCUUCUCGUUCCUUGCAUUUGCUAUCACCCUGUUUCUGACACUUCCAUUUGUAUGUGAUGAUGAUUUGGAAGCCCUUCUCUGGAUGAGGAUUCUAGCAGGAUUUUUGUUUUUCAACAUGGGAAUUAAUUACCUGUUUGUGAAGUAUAAAUCACGCUAUUCAGUUUUUAAACCUAGCAUCUCAGAUUCAUCACAUUUUGCUGUAAAGGAUAAGAACAUUUUUGGGUAUCGACUUCAAGGAGGUGAUGAAGGUAAUAUAGAAAAUGGAAAUCAAUAUCCAGAUACUUCACAGUGGCAUCUUGACCAGCAGUCGAAAAAUAUAUCAAACCAGUACCAGUCAUAUUUCACAUACAACUCAGAUUAUAGUGAUGUUCAAAACCCUUAUAAUGCUGAAGUUAUCAACAAAAAAGAACACAUUUUUGGAAAUAAACCGUCAUCCUCUCAAAAGUUUGAUGGGUGGCGUUAUUGUAAAGACUGUGAACAUUCAGCCCCUCCUAGAUCCAAACACUGCCCGGUUUGUAAAGCUUGCAUCCUGAAACGUGAUCACCAUUGCUUCUUUGUUGGCUGCUGCGUUGGCUAUCAUAAUCAAAGAUAUUUUACCAUUUUCUGCCUGUAUGGAGGAUUGGGAACACUUUACAGCUCCCUCGCCUUGUACUACUACCUUGAAUUGCAUUACAAACAGGCACAAACUUGGGGGUGCCUCUCCUACUUCCCACUAAUGAUUCUUUAUUACUGGGUUACAUCUAAUAUCAGUGGCACCAUAUUUUCUCUGGUUAUUUUUCAGUAUUUAAGCAUAGCAACGAUAUUAUUUUGUUUCUUUUACCUAUGUGUUCAAGUUUUCCUGACCUAUUCUGGUCAGACUAGAUACGAGUGCAUGAAAGGGAUUAAGCUGUACAAAAGGUCUCGUAAGAAAAAUAUUGAAUCUGUAUUUGGAAAAUUCUGGAUUAUUAACUUCCUCUUGCCCAUUCCAUGUUUUGGUUAUUCUGGUAAUGGCAUAGACUGGGAUGAUAUGUUAAACAGGGGAAAAAUCCUAUAAAUAAAUUUGGUUGGUAGUCCCAUCAUAAAUAUGGGAAAAGUUCUUUGAAAUGCUCAAGUUAGAGGCUUACCAUGAUUGUCAUAGUUUGAAAUUUAAAUGA